AUGUCUAAUUUCAUCCAAAUACCCCAGGAUUAUCACUAUCAAUUGAUUACAAUACUAACCUUUCAAGUUCCAGUGUACAAUGCCCAGCCAACGGGCCCAGAUGUGAUUCAACCACAACUAAAGCUGAGCAAUGUCCUCCUGGUGGCGUACUACCGCCAGUUCUUUGAUCUUAAUACUGAGGAUUUCUUUGGCAAAAUCAUAUUGGCCAUGAACCCAUUCAAUAACGCCUCAGUGGUAGCUGGCCAGGACGACGAUGACCCCACAGAGCUUUACGGAUUCAUCUGGAUUACCGCCACCCUAAUAUUUCUCAUGUUUGUGUCGUCUACGGGGUCCAAUAUCUUGGCCCAUUGGCUCCAUUCAGGUAAAGACGAUGCUAGAUAUGAAUAUCUGUUUGACCUUCUCACUAUCUCCAUGAGUCUCUUCUACGGAUACACAGUGGUGGUACCUGUGGCCCUCUAUGUGAUCACCACUUGGGUGAUGAAAUUCCCCGAGCGUCUCUCCCUCACGAGACUUUUAUCCAUUUACAGUUAUGCCAACGUAUUGUGGAUCCCAAUCACCGUGGCAAACUUUGUCUUGGUUGUCCUUAUAAGCAAUGCAAAGCAUCAUAAAUUGUUGAAUUUGUUACAGUGGAUCAUAGUGGCACUUAGUGGUGCUGUGACUGGACUUAGCAUCAUGUUGAAGGUUCGUCCUAUUCUUUUGAAGAACUCCAUGGCCAUGGAUGCUGAUGGAUCUACAGACGGUGGGCAGAAGGCUCGGUUGUUAGUUUUUGCUGUUGCUGGCGCACAAGUUGUGUUUACAGUGUUGGUGAAGGUCCUUUUCUUUGGUAUCAGUUAA